GUAAUUAUUUGUAUGUAUUUCUCACCGCCAUUGCUUUUUACCGAUGUAAUCUUGAAAUGAUUUUAAUCUAUAUUCAUCUGCAAAUGUAUGUGAUGUUUUAGCAAAACACUGAAGUGAUUGUGUACUAAGACUAUUGAACUUCUAAUAGUUUUGUGCUGGGCUUUGUCAUGGCCGGCAAUGGUGGGGAGACGACGUGGUGUUUCAGUCAGGUGAAGGGCACCCUAGAGGACGAUGUGACUGAGGCUGACCUCAUAUCGUGCGUAGAGUUCAACCACGACGGCGAACUCCUCGCCACCGGCGAUAAAGGAGGACGAGUUGUUAUUUUUCAGAGAGAUCCAGCAUCAAAACAAUGUGUUCCCAAGAAGGGCGAGUACAACGUGUACUCGACAUUCCAGUCACACGAGCCGGAGUUUGAUUACCUCAAAUCUUUGGAAAUCGAGGAGAAGAUCAAUAAGAUUAGGUGGCUGAAGCGCAAGAAUCAAGCGCACUUUUUACUAUCCACUAACGACAAAACUAUUAAAUUAUGGAAGGUGUCGGAGCGCGACAAGCGCGUCACUGGUUACAACACGCGCGAAGAGGGAGGAAGGCCGCGGGAUCCAACGCGCAUCACACAGUUGCGUGUGCCCACUGUGCGCCCUGCAGAACUCAUGGUCGAGGCAUCGCCCAGGAGAAUAUUCGCGAAUGCUCACACUUACCACAUAAACUCGAUCUCGCUCAAUUCGGACCAGGAGACAUACCUAUCUGCUGACGACCUACGAAUCAACCUGUGGCAUUUAGAAAUAACCGACCAGAGCUUUAACAUAGUGGACAUCAAGCCAGCGAACAUGGAAGAGCUUACAGAGGUCAUUACCGCUGCAGAGUUUCAUCCAACCGAGUGUAAUCUCUUUGUAUAUUCUAGUAGUAAGGGUACGAUUCGGUUGUGUGACAUGCGGGCGGCGGCGCUAUGCGACCGCCACGCCAAACUGUUUGAAGAACCGGAGGAUCCUCACGCGCGAUCGUUCUUCUCCGAGAUCAUAUCAUCUAUCAGUGAUGUCAAGCUCAGCAACUCUGGCAGAUAUAUGAUGUCGAGAGACUAUUUAGGUUUAAAAGUAUGGGAUCUUAGAAUGGAGACAAAACCUGUAGAAACAUAUCCAGUACACGAAUACCUCCGCUCUAAGCUGUGUUCGUUGUACGAGAAUGACUGCAUUUUCGACAAGUUCGAGUGCUGUUGGAGUGGUGAUGACCACCGGCUUAUGACCGGCUCGUAUAAUGGAUUCUUUAGGGUGUUCGAGCGGGGCGCGGCGGGCGGUGGGGGCGCGGGGGGCGCGGGCGGCGCGGGCGGGCGGCGCGCCGAGCUCACGCUGGAGGCGUCCCGCGAGGCGGCCGCGCGGCCCCGCCAGCCGCUGCGGGCGCGCCGCGUCGCAGCCACCGCCAAGAGGAAGAAGGAUGAAAUAAGCGUCGACUGCCUUGACUUCAACAAAAAGAUCCUCCACACAGCGUGGCAUCCACACGAGAGUAUCAUAGCAGUCGCCGCGACGAACAAUUUGUUUAUUUUCCAAGACAAAUUUUAGCGGGCCAACGCCUCUGCAUAGAUAACUGGCCUUAGGUAAGCGAGGACUAGCACUCUAUUGCGCGGAUUUCUACGUCCCACGUUCAAUUUUGUAAAUCUGGCAAUAGAAGUAUUUGAACACUGUACCUGUCGCUUAUAAACAGUAAAAAUCGCAUUGUGUUAUAAUAUUAUGUGAAAUAUUCAUCUGCUUUUGUUGGAGACUGUACUUAUCCGGUUUGGUCCAUAUCCCCCAUAUAAAUAUAGUAAAUAGUUUUCGACAUGUCUAAAUUUACUUUAUCUAAUAAUCACACUUUCUUGACCCUUCUAAAACAAAGUAAAGGAAAUAAAUCCAUAAAUCCACAAAACGCCAUCCAAAAUUUAAUCAAUUUACAUAUAAUUAUAUAAUUUAAAUUGUAACUGAAAAAUGUUGCUGAAUAUGUGUGAAUUUUGCAUGUGUUAGUGUGUAGUAGUGUGUGUUAGGAUUUUUAUUUUAUGGGGCAUAUAGGACCAAAUUAGGACUAAUACUCAAUUCAUACAUGUGUUUCUUUUGAAUUACAUACACAUGGCCUGCUCAAUGUUAAUGACAAUUUACAAUAUAUCGUCCUUAUAGAGAUUUCGAAAAGAAUUCCAUCCGUCGCUUUAAAUCACAGCCUUAGAAUAACAGAUUAUCGACAAUGGUUUAGUAAAUAUGUUUUGUAUACAGGUAAAAAGAGCAGGCGUAAAACUUGCGUCUUCCUUUUCACUCGCACCGUUAACGACAGAGAUGCAGUACGUCAUAGGCGUGUUCUCUUCCAUAUUGCGCCACGAAUUUAGGAAGUACAAUUUUAUAAAAAGAACCAACGAAUUGAUGUCCUCCUUACUUUUGGCGUGUAAACUGCGGCAGCUGUCAAUAGGGUUAGUACUGUUGGUAGAAAGAUCAAAUUUUAACAAAUGUUUGUCUGGUUCCGAGGAAUAAUAUAUAUUUUUAAACAUAACUACCAUGUAUUCAUUUCCCAUAUAUGCGAAGCAAGAUUAAGUGAAAAAGUUUGAGAAGAUUAGUAUUGUGAAUUCGCUUGCCAGUGACAAAAAGUCAUGGCAUACACGUGUAGUAUGAAGGAAUCAGUUUUCGCAUAUAAUAAGAACAUGCUUUGUUUGACACUAUUUACAUCACAAAUACAACUUCUUAACACGCUCAAACCACUAUUGACGUCUGCCUUUGCAGUGUUGUUGAUGUAUUGCGUCGUAUUUUGUGGCUACAACUCGUACCGAUAACAAAAAUACUUUUGAUGUUUUAACCUCUUUUAUAAGUGCUUUAUGAGUGAUGUUUUUCUAAAAUUUUAUUUGCUCUCUUGCCUCAUUGGUUAGUUUUAUUGUUUUUAAUAUUAACAGUUAUUAAAUUUAUCUGUUUCAAUCAAUCAUGUGUUGUUAGUUCGUCUGUCUACAUUUUUGGUGCAUAAAUUUAUUAAUAACUUCUUUUUAACGAUCAUAGACUAGCUGGAUAAACUUACCAGUGACUAGAUAAUGUUGCCAUAUAAUAUGACGCAAUAAUUAGUUAGCUAGAAUCUAAGUCCGUUAAUUAACUCUGAUAUACGCUUUUCAUACUUAAGGUUCUAAGCGAUAGUAUUUAUUGUUUAACCACAUAAGUGAUGCUUACAAUGUCACAUGAGAUUAGUUAGUUGUCAAAUGGACACUGUACCUUGAUGCUUGAAAUGUAAAAUAUUUAUUCUGUAUUUAUAUAACAUUUGGCGUUAAGAAAAAUCAGAAAUCAAGUGCGAUAAUGUUAUGAAAUUAUGUUAAAAGCCUGCGAGAGAGACAUGGAUUGUCUGUAUAAUGCAGCAGUAGAAUUAUUUAUUGUAUUGACACUAAAACUGACAUAACAUAAAAUAAAAAACAAAUUUGUACUUAGUUGAAUCAAAUGCAAUAUGUUUAUAAGUCUUCAAUAUUUAGUCAAAAACUUUAGUAAUAUAUCAG